GCUAAGUUCCAACAAAAAAAACUAACCAGCGCAAAUUUAUUAAAAGUAUUAUAGUAAAAAAACAACAACAAUAAUUGCUAUCUUUUUGCAUUUUUGCAAUUUUAUAAAAAAAAAAUUCCGAAACUGAAAAGAAAAGAAAAAAAAAUAAGAACAAAUUCUCAAAACACUACAACACUCGGCGAAAACAAAAAAUUUAGUAAAAUUAACUCUUUUAUCUUAAAAAAAGAAAAAUCAAAAAAUAUACGAGCGAUUAUUUAAUUCAAGACAUAAAUUCAAUUUAAAACGUUUUAGACAGAGAACGCUUUAGAACUUAACUAAGUAAAAGAAAAUACGUUUUUUUCGCGAUCGUAGUUGAUCUAAAAACCCCACACAACCGAACUAAAAACCACAGCAACAACCACUUCUGCAGCUAAACAACUUCACGGGACUUGUGCAAAGCGCAGUCGACAUUAAAAUUAAAUACAAAUAAAAAUAAACAUAAACCAUAAUUAAAAGAAAAAAACCUAAUUCGUAAGCGUUAACAACCCAAGCAGUGAGAUUAAUUACUAAGCGAACGACAACAACCAUCUAACAAGCAAAAUCAUCCAACCAACCAAGACGAAAAUCGCGUAGUACCGAAACCGGAACCAAAAACAGAAAGCAAAAUGACCAACGCCAUGGAUAUCGUGAAGAACGGCAGCGCUAACGGCUCCGUGGACGGCAGCAAUGAUGAGUCGCGCACCAAUUUGAUUGUCAACUAUCUGCCACAGACCAUGACCCAAGAGGAGAUGCGAUCGCUCUUCUCGAGUAUCGGUGAGCUCGAGAGUUGCAAACUGGUGCGUGAUAAAGUCUCAGGUAAUUUGGUCUUGCCAGCAUCGUUGACCGCCCUCAAUCCGGCACUCCAGCAAGGCCAAAGCCUGGGCUACGGCUUUGUUAACUAUGUGCGUGCCGAGGAUGCUGAGAAGGCUGUGAACACCCUGAACGGCUUGCGUUUGCAGAAUAAGGUUAUUAAAGUAUCAUACGCCCGUCCAAGUUCAGAAUCUAUAAAGGGUGCUAAUUUAUAUGUAUCGGGUCUUCCGAAGAAUCUAUCACAACCAGACUUGGAGGGGAUGUUCGCAUCGUUCGGCAAGAUAAUUACAUCUCGUAUACUCUGUGAUAAUAUUUCCGGUUUAUCGAAGGGCGUCGGUUUUAUACGCUUCGAUCAACGCAACGAAGCCGAGCGGGCCAUACAAGAGCUGAAUGGCAAGACCCCAAAGGGCUAUGCCGAGCCGAUUACCGUGAAGUUUGCAAACAAUCCGAGCAACAGCGCUAAGGCCCAAAUUGCCCCGCCCCUAACCGCCUACUUGACGCCUCAAGCGGCAGCGGCCACCCGACGUCUGGCCGGUGCCCUACCAAACGCUGGUCGCAUCAGAUACUCGCCAUUGGCCGGUGAUCUAUUGGCCAACUCGAUAUUGCCCGGCAACGCAAUGACCGGAUCUGGGUGGUGCAUAUUCGUCUACAACCUGGCCCCGGAGACCGAGGAGAACGUGCUGUGGCAGCUGUUUGGGCCAUUCGGGGCCGUUCAGUCGGUGAAGGUGAUCCGGGACCUGCAGACCAGUAAGUGCAAGGGAUUUGGCUUCGUCACAAUGACCAACUACGACGAGGCUGUGGUGGCCAUCCAGUCACUUAAUGGCUACACCCUGGGCAACCGUGUGCUCCAGGUCAGCUUUAAGACUAACAAAACUAAAACUACUUAAGCGAAACUGAACUAGUGUCUAGUCCUAAGCGUAGUCCUCUCUCUAUAUCAAUCCUCUAUUAUUUGACAGUACUUUGACAGGACUUUCCGAACGAUUAAAAGUUUGAUUUGCCAACGGCGCGACGCGUCGACGAGUUGUAGUCAAAAUUACACAUUUACUUAUACAGAGAUAAAAAUAAACAUUAAUCAAAAUCAUGAUCAUGAUUGAUGGGACAUGUGAGGAAGAGGAGGAUGCUCUAUAAUUUGAUUUGUAUGCUAACGAAAUUAUUAUGAUUGUAAUUCUAAUGAAAUCUUAGUGAAAAUUGAUUUGAUUCUGUGUAUGUGGAAAGUACCGAUUAAACGUCGAUAUGGGUGCACGAAUACUCCAAACUAAUUUAAUUCGAUUAACCAAAGCCCAAAACCUAACAAAAACAAAGCUCGAAUGAGGCAAUUAGAAACACAGCAGCAACUAAGGAAUAAAAUGAAGCAGAACCGUUAGUAAAAACAAGACAAAUGUCUAUAAAUUGACAAAAUGAAUAUGGGAGGCAAUGAAGAUUGACAACAUUGCAUUGACACAAAGCAAAACAAAACAAAAAAAAAAAACAAACAAAAAAACAAAAAAAAAAGAAAAAAUAUUUGAAUCAAGAAAAUGAUCCAAGUCGCAAUAUUUAGAAACUGUUCUUUUUUUUACUUAUCGAUAUGUAAUUCAAUUUGAUUAUAUUCAAUUAAACAGUAUACUUAACGAGCUAACCAAAUGAUUUACUUAAUGUCUACUGAUUUAAGCGAAACCCAAAUAACUCACACACACAUAUUUCUCUCAGCUUACCUAAUUACUUAUUAUACUUAUUAUAAUAGAUAUGCAUAGAUAUAUUAUAUUGUAUUGUAUCGUAUUUUGCGUUCGUUUUGCCAGGUCUAUCUUACGAUUAAUUCUAGUUCCACUCGAUAUGAUGUACUCACAACUUAUUCGAUUUAUUUCGCAUUGAUUUUAAACUCGAAAACGAAACGAAAACGAAUGCCGCGAGAGAUCUCUCAAAA